UUUACUUUUAAUCAAGUAGGAUAAUUGGGUGCUUUUUCCACCACUGACCAGACCGGAGGCACAAGAGAUAUGCGGCACGAAAGUAGUGUCGGCGCGAUAAACCCAAUCCCCUAUUCUCUCACGAGAAUUCACCAAGUUUCCGCUGUUGUGUAUAUUUCUGGAAACAUGGCGGCACGCAUCCGUGGCCGCUCUAUCCGAAGUCUUCGGAUGCGAGGUGGGUAGCCUUACAAUGUCCCGGUUGUCUUGGACAGGUCGGAAUGACAGCGGGGAAGAGAUCUGACAAGAGACAUGUACCUUACAAGUGUGACAUGUUGGACCAAUCAAACGAUGCCUACCUGCACUCCAAACCCGGGAAGGACCGCAGCCCCUUCACCAUCCUGGCCUCCACCCGCUUCGUACACAACCGCUUCCUCAACUCCCUGACCCUCCCCAGCAAGAAGCUGCGCUCCACCAGUGACCAAGUGCAGCUGCACCCCCACGAGCCCAAACUGGGGGGGCUGAGAAGGAACAGGAUGGUCACAGAGCCCUCUAUCUACUCCUCGUCGCAGGGAGAUGUGUUUACGUCUGUAUUCAAUGGGAGAGGCUUACCCAAGAGUCCCACAGUCAGCCUGGAAACCUCCUUUGUGGUGACCAGCGGCUCUGUGGAGGGGUCAGAGGAGCAGCUGGUAGAGAGGAGGCUAGACCAGGCUGGUGGAGGGGGUACUGGGCUGGGGGGUCCUGGAGAGCCUCCCUCCAGGGAUCAGAGUAGCCGGGAAUGUCUAGCGGGAGGAAAUGGUGGUUCCUCUUCCUCCGGGGGGGGGGGGGGGGACUCAGUUUAAAAGCCGCAGUCAGAGCUUCAACACGUACACCACCACUAGCGGCAUCAGCUCCAUGAGCUCCAGCCCCUCCCGUGAGACCACUGGAAACCCUGAGCCCGAACCAGACUCCUCGGACUGCGUCAGCCUUUACACAGUGGUCUCGGCCAAGACCGUAAAAACGCUGUACUCCCUCAGCCCAACCCAGGCCCAGACUAACCACCUGCCCCUUUCCAAUUCUAACUCUGUCUCCCUGUUCCCCACUAGCUACUCACAUACCCUCCCCCGUAGAGCCCAGAGUCUCAAGUCUCCCUCCAUGGCGGCUAUUAAUAGCCUGGCGGACUGCAGUUUCAUGUACACCAGCCCGCGGGAUGCACUAGGCUAUGCUACUCUGAGGAAGCUGCAGCAGCAGAGGAUCCACCCGUCUCUGUCUCAUAGCGAGGUGUUAGCGUCGCCUGCUAAAGACGUACUGUUCACUGACGCUAUCACUAUGAAGACUGGUAGUCUGGACUCGAGGCUGAUGGUGCGCAGAUGUACGAGGAAGCAGAAGCGAUCCUGUCGAUGCAACCAAAGCCAGUCGGAGUGGAUAUAGACCGUCCCACGGAAUCCUGAUCAUUGUCCCCAUCCUCUUCCCCCUCUCCCUGUUUAGACGACCCCCCUCCCUCCAACCUUCACAUAGAGAUAACGACAGCAAUGGGGUGGGAGAAUAGAGGGAGCGGCAGGUAGCCUGGUGGUUAGAGCAUUGGACUAUUAACCGAAAGGUUGCUAGUUUGAAUCCCCGAGCUGACAAGGUAGAAAUCUGUCUUUCUGCCCCUGAACAAGGCAGUUAACCCACUGUUCUUAGGCCAUCAUUGAAAAUAGGAAUUUGUUCUUAACUGACUUGCCUAGUUAAAUAAAGGUUAAAUUAAAAAAAGGGAUGAAGAGUAUGGGGGACGGGGCUAAAACAGGAUGGGAUACCCAGAGUAGGUUGCUGAAGUUUAGGAUGGAGGGAGCAUGGAUGAGAGGAGUGGAGGAUCAUGGAAGUUAAAGAACGAGAAAGAGGAAAAGGGUUGUCUCCCUCCCAUCGCUUGACAAAGAGAUGGACUGUCUGAGAACAAAUGAAACCUGACACACCUAGUCCUGUUCCUGCCCAUCUCCAACAGGGGGAGCAGUUUUCCCAAAAUAGUAUUUUCAGAAGCUCAAUCCGACGACGCUCAACCCGGUGACACAACCCUGAGCAAUAGACUACUUACCACAUCCCAUUGACCUAAACACACAUUGGAUGAAUCAUGACGAAGUCUGUCUGUGUUUUCAGUGUACCUUUGCUCUGGUGCAUGCUGAUACGAAAAGGGGAUGUUAAGUCCAUCCCAGUCAGUGCUGGUCCCAUCCUCUUCUCCCUCCAUAUGGCAACACUACAGAAGGUUCCAGGAGCCACCCUCAGUCUGUUUCUGCUGUGUCCCCAUGAGUUUAUCAAUUUCAACUCUGCUCAAAAGACUCAUACUAGUUCAAACAACUGUUUUUCUAUUCAUUUCUACAGACAAUCAAACAUCAGUAGUGUGUUUUUUUUAAUGAUUUAAACAUCACUCUCUUCCCAUCCGGACACAUAAAACAUAACUUAUGUGCCUUGCUGUCUGUCAAGCCUUGUGUAAUUCCUCUGUCUGACCCUGGUCUGGAAACACACUGCUUCUGACAAUCCCAACAGCCGUUUUCUCUCAUCUUUCAUUGGUUAUUUUUAUGGUAAACAGCCAUGAAAUAUGCUGGUACGUGAUGUGUAGUUUAUUAUUGUUUCAUUGAUUGUACAUAUUCAAAGAGAGAGAAGCUACAGUACCUAGUUGCCCUUCCCAAACCCUACCUCUGUGCUUUGUUCUCACUGCAUGUGCAAACAGCAUAUUGAAAUAUUACAUCAUCAUUGUCACUUUUCUUCUGGAAAUUAUUCAUGUAUUUCUUCCAAAUGCUCUAAUACUUUGAUUGUCUUAAAUCAUGAUAGGUUGUCAUCACUGCUUUACAAACUGGGGAAAGUAACGGUCCCUAAGUUAUUUUCACAAUGCAACAUUGCUGUCUAUCAUUGGCUGAGAUGAGAGGGACAGGUAGAUGUGAUCAUUUAUGGAUUGGCAUAAGAUUUUCAUGGGAAAAGUUUCAUUUUCUAUUAGUUUGUUUUGCUAUUAUGCUGCUACACAUGUGGACUCAUAUGGAUGAUUUAUAGAUUGGCUGAGUGAUGUGAGAUCUAUUUAUUAUAUAUUUGUACAGUAGCAGAGAGAGAUGAGAGAAGAAAAAAUGUAUUUUUUCCUUGAUACUGUGUUAAUAAUUUCAAAUGUUUUUGUUACCUGAAUCGUGGUUUUCCUUGUGUAAUGUGGGUCGUGUGUUUUUGGGUAUUUCUAUAGAAGCAUACACUCUAUCAAAGGGAUGCAUUGUUCAUGAAAACUAAAUUCAUGAACAAUCCAAAUGGAGUGGUGGUCUGUUUUAUUUGUUGUCUGUAACAGUCUUGGUUUGGACUGUCAUUUAAGAUGUGAGGAACAAGUUGUAAAUGUUGAAAGAUAUUAUACAUUUGAAUCAGCUUUUA